UUUGACAAAUAUACAAUCAUAAACCAAUGGAAAGUAUACUCAAAAUUUGUCUUUAACAAUCUUAGCUAUAAUAAUUAUUUUUUUAAUUUUAAAUAGAUUGAAAUUGUUAUAGAACUAUUCAUCAAAAAUUAAAAUAUAAUUUUGUUUAUAAAGUAAAUAAUUAACUUGAGAAACAAAGUUUAUGUAUACUAUGGAAAAUUUAAACAUUAAUCAUCAAUUGACUACAUUUAAUAGAGAAAACUCAGAUCAAAAACAUUGUUGGGUUUGUUUUGGAACUGAUGAUGAUGAAUUCGAAGGAAGUAGAGAUUGGGUAUCACCAUGUAAAUGUCGAGGAUCUACACGUUGGGUACAUCAAAUUUGUGUUCAACGUUGGGUUGAUGAAAAAUUAAAAGAAAAUUCUAGUAUUGAAGCUCAUUGCCCACAAUGUAACACUAAAUAUAUAAUAGUAUUUAAAGAUGUCAAUUACUUUGUGCAACUUUUAAAUAAAAUUGAUAAAACUUCCAAUCAGUUAUGUCCAUUUUUAGCAGCUGGUGUUGUUGUUAGUACACUUUACUGGUCUGCUGCUUCUUAUGGAGCAAUUACUGUUAUGCAGGUUAUGGGAGAAGAAGAAGCUAUAUCUAUGAUGGAAAAUACUGAUCCAUAUUUAUUACUUUUAAUGUUACCAGCAAUACCCCUUACAUUGGUAUUGGGUAAAACUAUAGACUGGGAAGAAACAUUACUUUUAAUGAUUCAACGUUUCACUUCUAAUCUUCCUUUUUUAAGAACCAUCAUGCCUUCAUUUUUGUGUGAACCUAUUAAUAGAGUAAACAGUAAUAAUCCAGUACAGUUUAAUCCUGUUAUCAGUCCUACAACAACUCUCUGUGCUGCACUAUUAUUGCCUACUACAUCAACAUUAGUUGGAAAUAUUUUAUUUGAUAGUAGUUCAUACUCUAAUUUUCAAAAAACAUUAUUGGGUGGACUAGUUUACAUUGCAGUCAAAGGUGUGUUAAGAAUUUAUCAAAGACAACAUAAUGCCAUUAAAGAUAAAACCCGUAAAGUCAUUGAUUAUCCUGAUUCUGAAAGUGAAGAUGGACAUCAAUUAAAUAUUCUAUGACUUAUUGCAUCACUAGCUUAGUAAUUGAAAUAACUAAAUUAUAAUAAAAAAGAUUUGUAAUAUAAUAAUAUAUGUUGUAAAAUUUUUAAUUUUAAGUAAAAUGUUUAAAAAAUUGAUUUUUGAAAUAGAUAAUUUAUAUUUAAUAAAGUAUUUAUCAUUUUUAAAAAAUA